AUGGCGCAAAAUCUGCCCAAGCUCGCCGAAUGGGAGCAAAUCAGUACGAAUGUCAUCCGUAUAUUGGGUGGGAAUCCGAGCAAGUUUACACUACAAGGCACCAACACAUAUUUACUGGGCCGAGGUCAGCGGCGCAUCCUCAUCGACACCGCGCAAGGAGAGAAGGCAUGGAUCUCGACCGUACGCGAGGCACUUGACGCCCAGAGCGACAAGCCCACUUCCAUCUCGACUGCAAUCCUCACACACUGGCACCCAGACCACAUCGGAGGCGUCAAAGACCUCGAAGCGGUGUUCCCGGACGUCAAAGUCUACAAAAACCUCCCAGAAUACGACCCGAAAGAGAUGCUAGACACGAGGCGCAUCAUCGACAUCCAGGACGGGCAACGCUUCCGGACCGACGGCGACAGCGGGAACGGGAUCGAGAUCCAAGCCAUCCACUCGCCGGGCCAUGCGAAGGACCACAUGGCAUUCAUCAUCACGGCGUCCUCCGACGCCAGCGAAGUGGGCGCCAUCUUCACCGCGGACAACGUGCUCGGCCACGGGACGGCCGUGUUUGAGGAUCUGGGCCUGUACCUCGACAGUUUGGCGCUGAUGAAGCGACACGUUCAGGAGAGCGUCCAGCAGCUGACGACGAGCGACGGUGUCGAACCCAAACGGGCCGCGUACCCGGGCCACGGUGCCGUGAUUGAAGAUGCGGUCGCCAAGAUCGACGAGUAUGUUGCGCACCGGCGCAUGCGGGAGCUCGAGGCGCUGAACGUCUUGAAAUACGGGACUGUGAAAGGCCCCGAAGGUGCCGUGUUGCCGGGGCACGACUCGAUCACGACGGUCGGCGAGAGCGACAGUGAAGGCGAGAGCGGCGCGGCCAAGGAAAUCACCAGCGCCAAGGAGUGGACGAGCAUGGAGAUGGUCAAGGUCAUCUACCGGCACUAUCCGGAGAAUCUCUUUGCGCCGGCAGAGUACGGGGUGUUGAUGGUCCUCGAGAAGUUGAAGCGGGAUGGGAAGGUUGUUAAGACGCAGGAGGGAAAAUGGAGGGUUAGUGAGAAGGCAACUCUGUAA